AUGAUCCUAACAGGAAUAAACUCCUCGCUGGAACAACGGCUCUCCAAUGCGAUUGAGGAACCUGGGGAUUUCGUGGACUGGUUAGCCUGGGUACGAAAAGUUGGACGCAAGGACCACGAGGUGAAGGCUCGGAAAGAAAUCCUGCGAGGUAAAGAUACUGUCAAACCUCGCGAGGAAAAAACGGAACGGCGAAAAUCGCGCAAUAAUGCAAAUCCUCGGAAGACUUUCCCCGCAUCAGCCAACAACUCCAAGACCUCGGAAGACUUAGGUGUCACCAAGGGAGAAAAGGAGAAAUGGCAGAAGGAAGGAAAAUGUUUCCGUUGUGGUAGAGAUUAG